AUUUUCUACAAGUAGGUAUUUGCAUACGGUCUUAAUUUUCUGUGUUACGAUUCGCUGUUGUUUAUAGGUUAGUUUUGUAUGGAAAUUAUUUAAAAUAGUACCGCCCUGGUUAUGAACUACUAUGUUUUCAGUUUUCCUAUAUAUUGAUUUAUAUUAAAAAAAUAAAGUAUUAUCGGUAAAGCAAAUCCGACAACGCCGUCGUAAACCUUUCACAUUUCGAACGACUAUUGGACGGAGGUUUAUUAGAUGUUGUGAGCGUUGCGCGCGGACGAUUUUAGAAUGCACGGGAAAUUGUUUUAAAUUGAUGUGAAUAUCGUGAAAAUCGUGAAAAAUGAGCGUCAAAUACACCGGCGGUAUCUCACACGAGGAAUGUCCCACCGAAGAAUUACUUAACCCUUUCGUACAUCGAUUGGAAUUGGAAACUACUUAUGAAAAAAUUAGAACGGCUAUAUUAACGGUCGUUCUUCUACCAAUAAGAGUGUCGAUUAUAUGUUUUUUCGUCAUCGUCGGUUGGAUAUUCGCUUAUAUCGGUUUAUGGGGUCUGUCCGAUGAAGAAUUACGACAAAAACCGUUAGACGGUUGGAGAAAUUCGGUGCGUUUCGUAACGGCAAGAGUUAUGCGAAGCGUGUUCGUGAUUGGAGGAUUCCAUUUAAAAAUCACCGGAAGACAAUCGAACAGGGCUUCGGCACCGGUGGUGGCGUUGGCACCACAUUCUUCUUUCAUAGACAGCAUCGCUAUGGUAUAUAUGGGAGGACCUUCGAUCGUGGCUAAGGGAGAAACUUCGGCUUUGCCUUUCUUUGGGAAAUUGAUAAAUUUCACGCAACCAGUAUACGUAUGGAGAGACGAUCCUAAUUCUAGACAAAAUUCGAUAAAAGAAAUCAUAAAUAGGGCAACGUCAGAUUUGGACUGGCCCCAAAUUUUAAUUUUUCCAGAAGGAACUUGCACCAACAGAUCGUGUCUCAUAACAUUCAAACCGGGCGCUUUUUAUCCGGGAGUACCGAUACAACCCGUUUGCAUUCGAUAUCCAAAUAAAUUGGAUACUGUGACUUGGACUUGGGAAGGACCUAGUGCGUGGAAACUUUUGUGGUUGACAUUAACUCAACCGUACAGUAAUUGUGAAAUCGAAUUUUUGCCGGUAUAUACGCCAAACGAAGAGGAAAAAAGGGACUCCAAGUUGUUCGCCAGAAAUGUUAGAGCCGUUAUGGCAAAAGCUUUAGGUGUACCGGUUAUAGAUUAUUCAUACGACGAUUGUCUAUUGAUGACAAGAGCCAAAGAAAUGCAUUUACCUUACGCACCGUCUCUAGUAGAGGUUAACAAACUGAGAGAUCGGUUGGGGUUGCAGAAUACGAAAACAGAAGAAACUUUGAUCGAUUCCGAUUCGAUUUGUAGAGAUUGCAGCAAAAUAAGUUACGUAGAAUUCGUAAAACUACUUAAUAUACCCUCUAAUUCACCAGCUUCUCAACAACUCUUCAAAAUAUACGACAAAGAAAAUUCCGGUUUAAUAGAUUUUAGGGAAUAUUUAUUGGGAGUAUUGGGUAUAGAAAAAGACAAAAAUCCCUUGGAUGUCCUCCGGAUAGCUUGUAAGAUAUAUGAUAGUAGCGGACACGGACGUUUGGUUAAAGAAGAUUUUUGUAAAGCGGCGUGUCAAACUUUAGCUCUAAGUAAAGAGCAUGCCUUGGAAAUAUUCGAACAAGCCGAUCGUAAUCGACUCGGAUACAUCACAAUUGAAAAUUUCAUCAAUUUCGCUCAAAAGAAAGCUGAAUUCGCGUCUUUCUUUGAUAUCAGCUCCGAAGAGAAGAAAAAUUCCCGAAUGAACGGGGAGAUAUUGGGUCCUAAUUAUCACACAAAAAAAGUCGACUGAUGAGUGUUUAAACCAUAUGUAAAUAUUGAAGGAACGAUCAUUUAGUGGUAUUGAGUAGUGUGUCAAUAUUGAACAUUCAACUACGCACCUAAAGCGUUUCAAAGUUUAUUUAAAAUACAAGUGAAGUAUUUUAAAGUGGACUCGAUGAUAAUAAUAAUAAGAAAGUAGUUCCCAUUUUACGUCCCAUUUCUCAAAAAAACAAACUGAUCUUUAGUAUUAAAAUGACUAGAAAAUAAUAAAAAUCCUUUUCGAAUAUUAUGUAGUACACCUUGUAUAUUAAUGUAUUAUUUUGUUAAUAAAUGUAAUUUUAAUGUU